AUGGCAGCCAAAAGGCCCAAUACCGUGUGCCUGCCGCAAGACGUGCUGGCCAGCAUCCUCGUCCGCCUCCCGGGGAGCGACCUCCGCCGCCUUCGUGGCGUCUGCAAAGAAUGGCGGGACAUCAUCGCCGACCACACGUUCAUCCAGGCGCACAUGAUGCACGGACCUCGGGCGCCUUUGACACACACCAUCGUCUUCUUUCCCGGUUUCACCUACGGUAGCCGCAAAAAUCCUUGCAAUGGCCACGGUUUCCUCUUCGACGAGCAUUGGAGGCUCACGGCCGAACUCAUAGCCGGCGUGUGGGAUGACUUCGUAGGCGCCUGCAAUGGCCUGCUCUGCUUCCUGGAAGCUAGUCAGGGCUCCAUCAAAGUCGUAGAACCGUUCACUGGUGAGUCGCUCGUGCUGCCGCUGCCGCCAGAGGCGUCGGGGCUAAGGUGGACUGUCAACUGUGGGGCAUACUGCUUCGGUUACGACGCUACGACCAGACAGUUCAAGAUCGUGCACCAUGACUUUCUCGAAGAUGGCGCUCUUCCGCUACGUGCGGGUGAGGCCAUUGAAGAUGAAGAGCUACACGUGUACACAAUCGGAGGAGGCGAGGGCUGGAGAAGGCUGCAUGUCGCUUUCUCGGUGUAUGGCCGGGCAUACGGUGACCUUGUGUACCACCAAGGGUCAGUGUACUGGCCCACAUGUGGCCGUGAAGUAAAUGGGCGUGAUGAGAAGCUCGUGCGCUUCGACCUGGCAACAGAGAAGAUCAUGUUGGUGGCGGCCAAGCACCUGCGGCCGCCGCCGGAGUUCCAGGGGCGGCCGAAGACCGUGAAGUUUUAUAGGCCGGCGGACUCGACAUCUUGCGUGAUUACCUAUGGCCGAUGCUGCGAGUGGGACGCGUGGUUUCCGGGAGCUGAAGAGGCCAGCUUGCCGGAGGGGUGCGUAUUACUGGAUGAAGGCUUCGACCCCGGGUUGUAUCUUUGCACGAAUGAAAGGAGUCUCGUAUUCGGUCAGCGGGAGCUACUGUUUGAGGUGGGUAAGGAUCAGCCGCGUGAGCGUGACCACAAGUACGAUGGUCCAACGUUGUUCGUCCCAGUCCCGGCUCAUCGUCGCCAUCAACGGCUCCCGAUAGCAGGAGCGCCGCCGCACGAACAAUAUUAUGCAAGGACGUUUGGCUAUGCCCCAACAGUUUCCGCCGCUCCAUUAGCACUCUACUUAGGCACACCUAGUCCUUAG